AUGGGUGCCAAUGAAUCAAUAGAGGAAAUCAGUGCUAUGGAAAAUUACCAGUGGUAUGCAAAAUUCAUGAAAGAAUGCCCAUCUGGACAACUCACCAUGUAUGAAUGCAAGAAGGUCCUUGGCCUUGAAAAUGCAACUAUGCAAGCAAAUAAUUAUGUUGAGAAAGUAUUCAAUAUUUUUGAUACAAAUAAGGAUGGAUUUAUUGACUAUUUGGAGCUUUUAGCUGCUAUAAAUCUGGUGAUACGAGGGAAAAUUGACCAAAAACUGAAAUGGUAUUUUAAACUUUAUGAUCUUGACGGGAGUGGAACAAUUGACAAAAAAGAAGUAAUAAGCAUGUUAAUGGCUAUUCAAACCAUCAGUAACAACCAAGAGAUGUCUCCUGAAGAAAUGACAAACCUGAUUUUCCAGAAGAUAGAUGUAAACAAUGAUGGGGAACUGACCUUAGAAGAACUCUUGAGUGGAGUGGAAGAGGAUGAACAUUUCCGGGAAACUAUUUCAAAGAGCUUUGAGCUCUCCAAUGUACUGAAAAUUUUACAAAGUGAGAGGAGACACAGCGUCUGAGACAUAUUAUAAAUAGUACUUGUGGCAAAAAGAACAACUCAAGGAAUAGAAUAUCAAAUACCAAGACAGACUGUUACAUUUCCCAUUCACUAUUCAAAGCAUAAGGCGGUCUAGACAGAUUAUUACUUCAGAACUGUUCUUAAUGUAUUGUCCCUUCCUUUUGUUUCUCAUAACAUACAAUAGCUUUUUUAUACGUAUGACAAAAAUCUUUGAAAUGCAGAAUGAAAUUUGUUUGUUUGUUUGUUUAUUAAUACUUGACAUUGGGGCAAUAUAUCCAAAUAAAUAAACAAAUACA